UCAUAUGGACUCUUUACUAUUUCACAAAGAUCUUACGUAACAGAUUUUUCAACAGUAAAACCUGACAUAAAACUUUUAGCAAAAUUACGUCAAGAAACUCAGAUUAGUAUUACAAAAGCUAAAGAAGCUUUGAUAAAACAUAAUAAUGAUUAUGAUAAGGCGACCGCAUGGUUACUAGAAGAUUCAAAAAUUAGUGGUGCAGAAAAAGCCGAAAAACUUAAAGGAAGAACUGCAAAAGAAGGUUUGGUUGCUGUUGUAACUUCAAAAUUUGGAGAAAAGUUUGGAAAAUUUAAUGAGAGCAAUUUUAUAUUGGGUAGUAGAGGUGCUAUUGUUGAGGUAAAUUGUGAAACGGAUUUUGUUUCACGUAAUGCAUUAUUUCAACAAUUUACUAUUCAAGUUGCAUCAACUUCACUAUUAUUUCCAAUUCAAUCAACGUCUGAUAUUUCAAAUUUAACGGCAAAAAUCGUACCAAUUCCUCUUGAUCCUUUGUAUUCGACCCCAUUAUUUCCACAUCCUUCCACAUCAUCACUACAUGUAAUUAAUAAUUCACAACCUAUCUCAACUAAAGAUUCUUUAACAGAAUUAAUUGGAAAAUUAGGUGAAAAUAUUAGUAUACGUAGAGUUGAAACUGUGAAUUUUGAUAUAGAAAAAUUAUCAUCUAAAAUCGCGAAUGAUGAGGGUUGGGUCGUAAUAACAGGUGGAUAUGUGCACGGUGGUAACGAUGCGUACACUGGAAAAAUUGCUGCUUUGGUAGUUCUUGAAGCUAGAGGUGUGAACCAAAAAAAUAAAAUACUUCAAAGAGGACAAUUGAAUUAUUCACAAUCAAUAAUUGAUAUUCUUUCAAAACUUGCUCGAGAUUUAGCAAGACAAGUUGUAGGUUUUAAUCCAAAAUAUAUUUCUUAUGAUCAUAUGAAAAUGCUUGGAAAGGAGAAGAAAGAAAUUGAUGAUUUUUUAAAAGAUCUUAUAUUAACCGAACAAGAUUUUAUUGCUGCUACAAAUCAAAUAACAGUUGGACAACAGAUAAAAAAAUUAAAAAAUGAUUUUUAUAUCGAAAUAAAAAUUUUAGAGUUUAAAAGAUGGGUGUGUGGAGAAGAUAUAACAAUAUAG